UAUGUAGUCCAACUACAAAGCGUUUGUGGCGCAAUGCAUUGUGGGUAGGUCAGUAACAGAGAGUGGAGGACGCCAUGUGCUUUUGAGGGAGAAGGUCCAGGACUGACAGGCUGCAUUGUGACUGUGAAUUGGACGUAUCUCGAGGAGAUCCGGGGGCACAAAUAAUAAACAUGUACUGCACAAGACAUUGCAUUCGGACCGCACUGCGGAUUACCGCACAGACGCAUCGGCAGGUGCUCCAGACACCAACGCUAUGUGCCCUCCUCCGAACACUUGGGACCAGCCCAGCCAACCUUUCUGAUGUCAUCACUGCCCCCCCUCUGGAUGGAGCCCCUAAACAGUACCCCCCCAAAAUCACCCAGCUGGUAAACGACAUCACCAGCCUCACCUUGUUAGAGGUGUCAGACCUCAACGAGCUGCUCAAGAAAACCCUGAAUAUCCAGGAUGUUGGGAUGAUGCCAAUGGCAGCCAUGGCUGCAGGAGCAGCACCUGCAGCUCUGGCAGUGGAGGAGGAGAUGGCGCCAGUCAAGAAAGAGAAGACUCACUUCACAGUAAAACUGACAGAACUGAAGGCAGCAGAGAAAGUCAAACUCAUAAAGGAAGUGAAGAACUGCAUCCAAGGCUUGAACCUGGUGCAGGCUAAGAAGUUGGUGGAGUCCCUCCCCCAGGAGAUCAGAGCCAAUGUGUCUAAAGAGGAGGCGGAGAAGCUGAAGGCCGCCCUGGAGACAGCAGGAGGCACUGUGGUGUUGGAGUAGAGACCUGGAGGAGACCAUCCCUGCCUCCACCCGACUGACCCCAUCUCCAUCCAUCCACCGUCUGGCUGCGGAUACUCCUCCUCUCCCCGUUCUGUCUAUUUUUCUGUUUUAUACAGCAGUAUAAAUGGAAGAAAGGAACCAAUACCUUGGAAAAGGAAACUAAAAUAUUGCCUUUUGACAACGUUGCUGUACUAGCUACCAACUGGACGGUGUGAGGCGGGUCGGGAGAAACUAACUCAGACUGAACUCCUCAGGCUCAGAGCCUGAACACACCCGCCGGCCGCUCAUCAAUCUGCUCGUCCAUUUGUCGUGUUUGUCUGUCUGUCUGUCUGCGUCCCGAUUCUCCAAUCCUUCUCCCGAAGUGUGCACUUGUCUUGCGUUCUUUUUUCACAUUGAUUUAACAACGGUGGAAACUCAAACUCUCUAAAGCCAAUGUUUACGUCAACCCUAUGCUUUUAAGUCCAUGACGUGGAGUAUGAGGACACAGUACGGGAGAAGGGUGGAGAAUGGAAACCAGCCUGUCUAUCAGCCUGGUACUUUUGCCCAUUGGGCUGCAGUCAAGCUGGCCCUGGGCCAGUCUGUCUCUGUCAGUCUGUUUGUCUGGGGGUGAGUUGCCCUGAAAGCCUCGUUGCUAACGUGGCAUGUUAUUUCUCCUGACAACCCAGCCUCCACAGUGACCAUUACAAUAUCUAUGUUUGACUGUCUGUAUUCGCCAGUGGAAGCUGGUGGGAGGAGCUAUAGGAGGACGGGCUCAUUGUAAUGGCUGGAAUGGAAUUAUGGAACGGAGUCGAACAGG